AUGUGUUAAGCAUUUAGUCCUAACUGUACUGGUACUGGUUAAACAACUUGUCUACCAUAUAUUUGUGAAACAGUUCCAAAUCCAAGUUGGGAAAAUUGUUAGAACUUCAGCGCGUCCUGCAGUGUAAAGAGGGAUGGAAGUGGCUGCGUUACGAUAUAAGCAUAAUGCUCAGGGUAUACAGGAACAAUUGCUAAUUGUUAUAGAUCAACAGCAGGACUUUGUAUUGCCAAUAGCUCUGAUAGUUAAUGUGUUGCCCUAGCAGCAUCAACAACUUGUGAAACUUUAUAUUUGGGAUCUGGCAAUUAUAGUCAUGCAAGAUGUAAUGAAAUGAAAAAUACUUGUACUAAUUUAAGUACCACAGGUUGUUAAACCAAAACAUGUGCUAAUAAAACAGGAUCAUUUACUCAUUAAGAUUGCUAUGCUUGGUUGCCUACUUGCACUGCCAAUUCAGUUUCAUCUCCUACUGCAUGUAUUACUAUGCCAGAAAAAUGCUCAACAUUGAGUGUAGGAGCAUGCAUUUGGGCAGUCGAAGGCUAAUGUAUUGUCUUAGGAUCAUCUUGUGUUAGAAAGACUUGUGACACAGCUUCACCAGCUGCAAGCUUUAAUACUGAUACUCUAUGUUCAAAUUAUCUAUCUACAUGCACAGUUGCAAAAAUAGGAGGUUGUUAACCAAGAGCUGCUUGUUCAACAUAUAAAUCAAAUAAUUAAUGUAAAUUCAAUACAACUGGUGGUAAGUGUUUCUGGAAUGCAACAAAUUUGACUUGUGUUGAUUUCAGUUGCGGUAACAUUGAAUAAACAUCUUUAUAUGAUACACAUUCUGAAUGUGCAUCAGUUGAUUCAACAUGUACAGUUAGAGCUACUAAUGGAGCAGCUGUUCCUGGUUGUAUGGCUAGAGGGGCUUGUAGUUCUUAUUAAAUUGAGGAUUAAUGCAACAGAAAUGCCACUGGAGGUGUUUGUGUUUGGAAUACAAAUUUAGCCUAAGCAGCAUGUUAAGAUAAAUCAUGCAGUACUGCACCAACUGCAACAGCAACACAUGAUGAUUGUAAUACCUAUUUCUCGACCAACACUAUUAGAUGUACAGUAGUUGCCACACCAGAUGCAAAUGGUGGUGCACCAGUCUUAGGUGGUUGUCAAUAAACAGCAGCUUGUGCUACUUAUAUACAUUAAGAAUAAUGUAAAUUCAAUGCUACUGGAGAUGCUUGUGGAUGGAAUGGUACUUAAUGUGCAGAUAAGUCAUGUGCUACUGCACCUGCAACUGCAGAUUAUGACGAUAAUGAUAAAUGCAGAGCUUAUUUCAAUAAUAAAUGUACAGUAGCAGAAUCAGGAUAAGGAUGUGUUGAUAUACCAGAUACAUGUGAAACUAUGAUAGAAAAAUAAUGUGUUACUGAUAAAUCUGGUAGAUUAUGCUAUUGGAAUGGUACAGCUUGUAUUACAAGAUCUUGUGAUAAUGCUCCAGAAGCAACAGUUACUGCUGAUGAAUGUAAUACUUAUUUGGCUGGAUGUACUUUAGAUGUAGAUGUAAAAUGUAAGACAAAGGUUUGUGAAGAUUUUGCUUUUGCCACUGAUGCCUUAUGUAGAUAAGCUAUAAGUACAUGUACCACAAAUGGCACAAAUUGUGUCACAAGAGGAACAUGCUUCUAAGCUAUGAGCUAAGCUGGUUGUGUUACUUCAGCAACAAAUCAAUAAUGUGAAUGGAUGCCAGCUGUAGGAAAUAAUUAAGCUUAUUGUACAGUAAAGACAUGUAAUACUGCUCCAAAUACUUUAACUUCUGAAGCAGCUUGUGCAGGUUAUUUCACUAAUUGCACAACAAAGAAUGGAGGUGGAUGUGUUACUAAAUCAACUUGUGCAGCUGUUACUGUUGAUGCUGCUUGCACAACUGCUCUUAAUGGAACUAUUUGUGCUUGGGAUAGUGCAUAAAAUAAAUGUAGAGAUAAAGAUUGUUAAGAUUUUAGUGGAACUUCUCAUGCUGCAUGUUAAGGUUAAAGAGCUGGAUGUACUGCUGGAGCUAAUGGAAAAUGUGCUAGAGUUUAAAAUUGUGAAUAAACUACAUUGAGAAGUGCAUGCAUUGAAGGAACAAAUGGACCAUGUCUUUGGAUUAAUGACUUUGUUAAUACUGAUGGAUCUACAGGAGCUUGCUUUAGAUAUACUUCAUGCAAGAGUUUGACUUGGAAUUCUGAUACUUAAUGUAAAUGGAUAAGUAAAUAAUGUACAACUAAUGGAUCUAAUUGUAUUGGAAUUACUUUAUGUUCCGAAACUAAUACUGAUGGUGGAUGUGUCACAGGAUAUGAUGGAGCUUGUAUAUAAUCAGUACCAGCUUUGAAUUCUGCAGAUCCAAAGGUUUGUAAACCAUAUACCUCUUGUGCUGAUGCUUUCUAUACAACUCAUUCAGAUUGUUAAAUUGCUAGUAGUAAAUGUACAACAAAUGGAACUACUGGUUGUAUUGCAUUAGGUGCUUGUUCAUCUUAUACUUCAUAAGCAGGAUGUUAUUUCAAUGAUAAAGGUGUCAUUUAUACAUCUGGAGUCAUAACUUCAACUGGUAUUUGUACAUGGGAUACAACAGCUAGUAGUUGCAGAGAUUAAUCAUGUGCUGAUUUGACUGGAAUAAACCAUGCAGCAUGUUCUUCAUAAUUAUCAACAUGUACAUCUGAUGGAACAACUUGUUUACUCAAAGGAGCAUGUUCAUCAUACACAACAUAAACUGCUUGUACAACUGCUGUUGGAUCUGAUGGUGUAUGUUAUUGGGAACUUGCAUCUGCUACAAAUAAUAACACAGCUAAAUGUAGAUUACUAACUUGCCCUGAUAUUCAAAAUGGUACAGCCACUAAUGUUUGUUCAGUAGCUUUGUCAUCAUGUGUUUCAGAUGGAACAGUUUGUAUUACAAAAGCUAAUUGCUCAGCCUAUAAAACUAAGACAGCAUGUAAUUCAGGUGGAUUAGAUGGUAUUUGUGUAUUCACUUAAUCAACUGCUACAGGAGCUGUUGCUGGUACUGGAACAUGUGCAUUAAUGACAGCAUGUACAACUGCUAAUAAUGAUUAAACAGCUUGUUAAUAAGCCAGAGAUAGAUGUUCAUGGACUCCAGCAUCAGGAACUGGUGCAACUGCUGUUGCUAGUAAAUGUGCUACACAUACUUGUGCUACCAAUUAAGCAACAAAUGGAGCUUGUACAAGAUUCUUAAAUUGGGAUAGAAAGACUUAAUAAGUUUGUACACUUGUUAGUGGAACAUGCACUGCCACAGAUCCAUCAACCUUAUCAUCAAAUGAUUGUUUCUUGGUUUCUGGAUAUACAUAUACAUGGAAUGCAUCAACAAGCAAAUGUGGAGUUUGCACUGCACCUGUUGUUUAACCAAAUAAUUCAAAUAAUAAUACAAAUAAUACAAAUAAUGAAACAACAACCGACUCAGGAUAUAUUCUUGGAUUAUCAACGAUCAUUUUUGGAUAUCUUAUGUUCUGA